AAACCAAUAACAAAAGAACCAACUCCCUCUCGUGCUUCCUCGACACCUUCUCGCUCACCAUCAUCCAAACAUCAUCGGAGCUCCGUCGCCAUUUCAGUCGCACUGUUCUUCGUCGACGAUUUAAGACUCUAAAUCAACCUUCGUCGACGAUUCAUCGGCAUUACUGAACUAAGCGAGUUGCUCCGCCCCAAUACAAAGCUUCCCUCGUUUCAUCUCUUCCGAAACGACAACGUUUGCCAGAGUUGGGAAAUCUCCGACGACGCAUUUCAACAAGUAGUGUCUUGUCGAGGCGGCCAUUAACGUUGAUUUUCUUAAUCAACUCCAGCUCCUUAGAUGAUUUUCUGAGCUUGAUGUUUCCUUUUUUUUCUAUUUAAUUUUCAUCUUAUUGUUCUAAGUUAUGAUUAAAUUGAAAACAGCAUGACUGAUUUUUGAGCUUGAUUUUUUAUAAGAAAUUUAGGGUGUGAUUGGUAUGGUUUUGGGAUAGAAUUUAUUGUUUUCAAAUAUUAAAGCUUGGUGGGACUUUUAAAAUAUCUGAUUGGAAGUUUAUUUUUGAAAACUAAACUCAAAUUAGUUUCUCAAAUUUAUAAAGAAAAUGAGAAAACAAUAAAUACACGUUUUCAGAGUUUUGCAAUAUUUCAAUCUAAAAACCCUAAAAUCAUUUUGUAAACUUUCUCCUUCUCAUUUUCUCUCUGCGCCGCCUCUCUGUCAAAAGCAGAGUUCUUCUUCUUCUUCCACAAAACCACACCAUUCAAACUUUUCUUCUUCUCUGUUAUUAAUCAGAUCAACUAGCCAGUCCUCUGUUGUCUUCUCUCGUGAUCAGCCAGCCUUUUCCUCUCCAUUACACAAGGGACGCCGUUGCCAACACCAGGCAGGGGAGGGACGCCGUUGCCAGCACCAGGCAGGGGAGAAGCAUUUUCGAUCUAAGAUUGCGGGUUGACGGAGAGACACCAUUGCCGAACUGAGUGCGAUAGUCGGGUUGAGCUGACCACAACACCAUCACACCAUUGUAGUCCAUUUACGCUCAACCUGCAUCAUCUAAGAUGGCUGAGAAGAAUGUAGACAUUGACGAUCAUGCUUCUUGGCCUGAGGCUAUUGAAUCACAUUUUAUUAGUCUUCUAUAUGAAGAAGCCAAAAAAGGAUUACAAACAACAACCUUGGACAAAAAGGGAUGGCUGAAAAUAGAAAAUGACAUAUUAAAUUCUUUUGGAAAGAGAUAUAAAAUGCAUCAAUUGAAAUCCAAAUUCAAUCGGUUAAGAAAGGCACAUCGUGAAUUUUCUCAUCUUUUGGAACAAACUGGUAUGGGAUGGGAUCCUCAAACAAGUACUGUUACAGCAAAUGAUGAAGUAUGGGACACUUAUCUAAAGAAAUAUCCAAAUGCGAAAAGAUUUCGAAAAAAAGGAUUGCAACAUUAUGAGAUGCUUGGAGAAAUAUUCAAUAAUACAACAGCCACUGGUGGGAUGAGUUAUGCCUCCACUCAACUUCCGCCUUCUUCAGUUGAAGAACGCCAACAAGAGCGUCAUUUUGUUGGAACUGGAGCACAUGUUGAUGUUGGUUUUGAAUUUGAUGGUGAUAAUUAUGGAGAGGAGGAAGAAGUUACUGGUGUACGUCCUCGAGCUACUUCUGCUCCACCAGAUGCACCAAAACCAAAAGAGAAAAAGAACAAAGGGGCCAAUCCAUCCAUCGACCAUGUGAUGGAAGAACUUGCAAAAAGUAUUUCUGCUAAGACUGAGGCAUCACUAGUACGGAGUGAGACUAUGCGUAAGUAUUAUGAAUCGAGGGAAAGGAGAAUUAGCGAGGAAACCAGCAAUGUCACUAACUCUUACAAUGUGGAAGAUUGUCAAAACAUUCUAGAUGGUAUUCCAAAUCUGGAUAACAAAAUAUACCUCAAAGCGUUGCAAGAGUUUGUAGCAACCCCAGAAUGGCGUGGAAUAUUCAUGAGAAUGAAUGAGGAGCGUCGUCGUGCUUAUCUUGAUUCAUUGAUGGGGUGAUUUAAUAUUGUUUAUUAAUUAUGAGUUUGUCUGUCAUGAACUACUAAACCAUGAAGUUUACAUUUUCUUAAAUAAUGUGUAAUGAACUUAACUUGGUAUUUAUUAUCAUGAUUGAACUAUCUUA